AAUGUGUCCCACACGAACACUUGGAAUGCUCAAGUUCAAAGUCACAAAUCCAUUACACCGCCACCAGGGGUUUUAGAGGCUGAUAAUUCCACUAUUUCACCCAAUUUCCUCGAAUUUCAGUCCUCUUCUUUCUUUUGUAUUUACCAACUCCAGGUAAAUCGUUACUAAGUGAGACGUCAUUGCGGCGUUCUCCUGCGUCAUCAAGGUAUUGGCCAAUCAUUCAUACUUGAAGAGCACAAGGACUCCGAGCCAAUCAGAGCGACGGUAUCGAGACUUCACUCACCCCCGGGGAGAUUGUGCUCGUAUAAAGACAUUAGGAGUCGGAACAUGCUCUAGAAUGAAACUUUUAAGACCAGCUCAUCAUUCCACUCGAUUCAUUUUCCUGGGUUUAUUUAUUGAUAGGAAUAUGUGGUGGCAUCAUUGCUAGGAUAGCUCAACUGCUAGGAUGUGGGGAUCAUAACAGCUCUGGACAUAUAAGAUGUAGGGUUACCUAACAGCAUAGCUCUUAGAAUGGAUAACAUUCCUGUGUUUGCAUUCUGGAUAGGUAGUUGACAAUACAUGCUUUGGAAACUGAUCACGUUGACGAGUCCUUCACCAGUACCAUCAACAGUCAUUUGAAGUAGGCACUGUCCACUAAUACAACUAUGAUAUCAAGUUGAAACUGAUUUAGUCAAAACCUGGAAUGAUUGUAGUGGAGCAACACAAAAUGUUCAACAACACGACCAUGGCACCACACGGCCACCCAGAAAUCUGGGCAUCAACGAUUCUGUUCUGUUCUAUGAUGCUUGGAUUCCUAAUGAUAUUCGGGUUUGUUUUCAAUAUGAGUUUCGUCGUCAUGAUGUGCCACGGGAGAUUCGCCGCAAAAAUACGCCAUCUGCUUUAUAUGAAUUUAAUCUUUGUGGAUAUCAUGUUAUGUCUUGUUUGGAUGCCAAUGAAACUAAGCAUCGUACACACCCUGUUUUAUUAUUACAAUCAUCGGAAUCUGGAUCAUAUUCUGGCCGAACUGAAUAUCUAUAUCUUGAUGAUGAGCGUGGCUUUCCUUUCUGUUGUGUUUGUUUGCAUUCAAAAAAUCUGCCAGCGGACGGACAUUUUGAAAAUGAAACAGAAUGGAAUAUUAGUGACGAUUAGUUUGUCAUUGACAUGGAUCAUCUCGUUCAUUUGGAUGGUGGUGCAGAACUUUGUGCACGGCGAGGUUGGAACGUAUUAUCUAGUGUCGGAAAAUUCCACUGCAACAGUGCAAUUUUAUGGCAAAGUUCAUAACGAUAAUACGGAGACUGUUUUCACUAUAGUGAUGUUAUUGAUGCUCUCAAUCGGACUGUCGGGUCUCUUAAUGUUUGCCUGGAAAUACCGAUGCAAGAAAACUCUAUACGCGCCCGAGAUUCGGAUAGAGAGUAUUGGUCCCUCUACACAAGAGGAGCCAUCCAGGGGGAUGAGCAUUAGCACAAACAGGAACCCAAGCAUCAGUACAACUACUGAUGUCCUGAGCGAGCCGCGAAAUAGCUUAAGGACCGCCAGCUUCAGUACAACAACUGAUAUGCUGGCCGUAAGCUCUGGAACUGGAACGAGGAAUACAAGCUUCAGUACCACAACAACAGACUUAUUAUGCCCAGACCCACCGGCAAUAGUAGUCACAGCGCCACCUGGCCACUCGCAUGCACCCGGUGGGCCAAAAGCUCGUCACUUAUCGCUUUCAAAAAUGGACACUGGUGAACCGCCCUCGCCAACUAAGUUACGGCAAUCUAUUAUCUAUGUGCAAGAGACAAGACCGUUAGAGAUUGAGCGUCACGGAAGAGGAGAACGGAGACUCUCUGCAAUAAGCACUUUACCUGUCAUUACAAGUGAGCCACUGGAGACAACUCCAAAGGCUGUGUAUUACAAACACUGUCCAAAAUAUAUGGACCCCACCACCUAUGACUAUGUGCAGAAAUGGUCCGUGGAUGUCAUGGCUUUACAAAGCCAGUUAUCAAACCCAGUUAUGCAUGGAGGAAAUUACCCAUAUGAGGAAGGGCAUAGUGUCACGCUAUCGCCCUCCCCUCGGGCUUCUCUUGAUCCGAACAACCCGUUUGGUCAUCCCAACCCACACAGGUAUGCCCAACGUCCAAGUAAGGCCGACACUGGGUUCCAUAGUUUAGAUAGCAUAUCAGUGGUCGAGGUGGCCUCAUCUGAGCGCCAACCAUCGAUCUCACCAUCCGUGCAGGAACACACAAUAACUUACCCAUUUCCAAAAUCUCCAGAUACACCCAAUCUGACCAACCGGAAGAAAACUGUGCAAGAACUUCGGUGCUGCAUGACCCUGCUGCUUACAUUCCUUAUUUUACUGCUACCCCCGCUUGUUUUGAAUCUAUUCCAAUGGCAAAUGGACAAAUCCGUCUACCUCAAUCUCCACAUGUGGUUUGUGACACUAGGGGGCUCUCAAGUGCUUAUUCAUCCAUUCUUGAUCACGAAAAUGGAGCGGAGCUUUAAGACGUACUGUUUAAAGUGUAAGCAGAAGUUUCCCAACUGCCAGAAACACGAGAUUGAACACACAUAG